UUCUUCAUCUUCAUCUUCUUCAUCAAAUUAAUGGAACUUCACUCUGCUUUUAAUGCUCUCAGUACUGAAUGUCUCUCUAAUUAGUACUCUUCUGCUCUCUCUCUCUCUCAUCAUUCUUCACAAAUUCAAAUCCUCUGUUUCUCCCUUUCUCUCUCUAAGAUUUGAAUUCUCUGUUCAUGGCGUCCAUUGAUUCUUCCGCUUGGAGCAUCAUCUCCAAGCCUCCGCCGGAAAAACCUACCUCCUUCAUGCUCAAGGAUUAUCUUCUCGACGAUUUCAGUUCCUGCUCCUCCAAUGGCUUCCGAUCGUUUCCUCGCCGCCAAUGCUGCGCCACAACCGUCCGAUUUCUUCUCGAAAUCGAUCUCAAAGUUAAAGAUUCUUCCCUAACUAAAAGAUUCCUUCCUCGAACUGCCUCCCGAAAAAUCGCGCUCUCCACGAUCUCCACUUUGCAGAGAGCCUCCGAUGCCGUUGUCAGAGCCUUCAAGAAAUUCCCGUUGCCUUCUUACCGGAAGCCGUUUUGUACGAGGAGUUUUUCACGGAAGGUGAUUCUGCGAGCGUUCUGGAAGAAACAGGAUUUUGUGGAUGUUAACACCAGACGGUGUAAAUCGUUUCAGGAAUUUCUCGAUGAGAAAGAACCGCCGUUGUCUCGCUCCGAUUCCGCUGUGUGCACCGCCGUGACUGUCGUCGGAAGAAACUCGAUCAGUAGCUGUAGUAAUAGUAUCAGUUGGACGGAGAGCGAAUUUACAUCGGAGAGGAUUCCGUCGUCUUCGAGCGGUAACUCCGAGAGUUGCAGCGAAAACGACGCCGUUAAAGUCGAUAAGGAUUCACCUGGUAAUCUCAUUGGCAAAAGAGAUGGCGUAACAUUCGGUAAAGAUUCCAUGGAGGAAACAACCACCGCCCCUUCCGCCGCCACCCCCACCACCCCUACCACCACCGGUUUCCGAGAGGAUAUCGUUAAGCAAUGGCCAAAUGAAGAAGAAAAGGAACAGUUGAGUCCAGUUUCAGUGUUGGAUUUUCCUUUUGAAGAUGAAGAUCAAGACACCCCCUCGUCUUUCAACUGCAAUCUUCACCUCGUCCAAGGCAAGAAGCUACAUGCACAAAAGUCGAAGCGAUUCGAGAAUGGAGUCGAAUUUGAACCUCUAGACUUAAAGAAACGAUUUGCAGACAUUGUUGUUGGUAGUCAACAUUUCAGCUUAAUCUCAAGAAAAGAACACCAAAGGGAACAGAAAGCAUUUGAGCUUCUAAAGCUCGUCAAAUCAACUACGACAUCGACAGAGAAUCUGCUUCUCGAUUUCUUCCACGAGAAGCUCGAAGAAAACGACGCAAUUGCAAGAACAGGAGCUGAUAUUGAUCAAGCACAGGUCUUGAAAUUCACUGAAGAUUGGAUCAAUGGGGAUGCCGGAGAAGCCAUGGUGACGGGAUGGGAGACGCCGGAGGGACGGGUUUUGUACAUUAAGGACAUGGAGAUUGCCGGAAAAUGGAGAAGUGUCGGCGGAGAAAAGGAAGAGUUGGCGGCGGAGUUUGAAGCUGAGGUUUGGAUCUCUUUGUUUGAUGAGCUAUUAAUCGACCUCUCCUAGCAUCUUGGAUUAUUGUUGUUCCCGUUCUUUUGGAGCUAAUUAGCAGCCAAAUCUACUUGUCUGAGUAGAAGAAAGGAUAAAAAAGGGAAUUUUGAAUUGAAUUAUGGCGGUGUAGCCAUUGUAAUACGUGGCAAGUAGGUUUGGCUGCUGACUAGGAUUUUAAAUUUUCAAACUGCAUUUCAUAAAUCUCAAUGAAAUUGGAAUUGAUUUUUU